AUCGUCGAGUCCGUGCAGUGGAACCUUUGGUUGUGUAACCAUCCAUCCUCGAAUUUGUACGAGCGUUCUCGACUGAGUCACCAAUCCUCGUUUUAACGCUACACUCCGCACUAUACCGAUCAGUUCUUAUCUGUUCAAACGCGCAUACCUAUGUGAAUUUUUUUCCGGAAAAUCGAAACAUAAACUCUCUUAAAACAACCAAAAAAAUUAUUGCAAAUGCGACGCCUAGGAAGCGAUCGAGUAGAAGCUGUGAUGUGACUGUUCCAACAUUUUUGUGCAAACCAAUUUUUUUUUUGGGAUUUAAACUAAAGAAAGGAAAACAUUGCGGAGGAAAAGACCGUCCAGUGAAAACCCCCUCAUCUGCAGUACCACAACAGUGUUGAUUUUUUUUUGAUACAAAAAAAAAAUUGAAUAAUGCCUCAACUUCCGGAAACUGUGAUCACGAAUGCAGUCCAGUUUCAGAAUUGUUUGGCAAGGGCUGUUUACGAUAACGUUGCCGAAGCCCCCGACGAAUUGACGUUCCGCAAGGGCGAUGUUCUCGUCGUCCUGGAGCAGAACACUGCAAACAUCGAAGGCUGGUGGCUGUGUGCCCUCAGAGGACGACAGGGUAUCUGUCCUGGAAACCGUCUCCGAUUAAUCCCAGGAGUGUACGAAGACACGACUGGAAGCCGAGGUCCUUCACCACAGCUCAACGAGAUCUCCGACAUGAACAGCCUGCAGAGGCAAGGGAAAAGAAGAAGUUGGCACGUCCAGCCGAAUAAGGUUUUAACGCCGAGGAAAAUAAACGACGUGUAUUUAUACGAUAUGCCACCGAUGAGGUGCUCUCCCAUCCCGGUGUCCAACCUCAGCCCCAGCCAAAGCUCAGAGCUAUACGAUGUGCCACCAAGGGCGGUUCCCGUGAACUACGAGACCAGAUCGAACUGCCCGAGAUGCUCUCCGGCUCCAUCUUGCAUCUCGCCAAUCAGCAAGGACUCCCAGGACAGUUACGACAUUCCUCGGCCGCUCUUGCACUCUCAGAACCUCUUGACGCCGUCGAGUUCCGCGAGUUCGCUGUCUCUAACUGGUGAAUCCUUCAGCUCCUCGAAUAGAAGCAGUCUCAUCAACAUGCCAGAUUACGAUAUACCUAGAUCACACCAGAAGGGACCUCAGUUGGUCCUCCACAACACUCAAAUAUACGACGUGCCACCGGCGCAGAGCCAAAUCAAAGAAUUACCCUUAGAGCUAAGCUCGGCUCUGGAAACACUAGAGAGACUCCAGACUGAAACCACGACGGUAACAUCGAAACUUCUGGGAUUCGUCACGCCCAAAUGGAGGACUUAUGAAAAGCUCGAACAGAACAUCAUGGAAAUUAAAUUGGUGGUGAUCAGAUUGAAAACUUCUCUGCACGAUUUUGCCGAGUUCUGCGAGGGAGCACUUGGUAACGCUACAAGAGCAACCGACAAAAAUCUAGCAGGGAAGCUAGUGAAUUUAGUCAUGGCUUUGAAAAACUCGGAUAAACUUAUACACGACGCAACCGAAAAGCUGCAGCUACAAAACUGGUCCCUGGAUUUCCUCGCCAAACCUGUAGAAGACGAGCAUUACAAACUGGACGAGUUGGAGCAAGUGAUCGCUUGCGCCAAAGCUUUAACCGAAGACAUAAGACAAGCUGCUUCCUUCAUCCAAGGCAACAGCACUCUGCUUUUUAAGAAGGACACUUCACCCCCAACCAACAACAACGAAACUGGAGAAGACUACGACUAUGUCAAUUUAGAAUCUAAGGAGGCGAACGCCAGAAGCAACACGGAAAUCAGAAACGCGCUUCCAAAGGAGCUUCAGAAGAAUUUCGACUGUCUCUUGAAGAACGCAAACGACGCCGCCAUAGAUAACGCAAUCUUGGAUCCGGACGAUAAACAUGUGCUGACUUUCUUCGCCGCUCAAGCCGCCACACAUCACAAUAACUUGACGCAAGCCAUCGACGCUUUCCUCCAGACGGUUGAACACAAUCAGCCGCCCAAGAUAUUCUUGGCCCAUGGUAAAUUUGUUGUCUUGAGUGCCCAUAAACUGGUCUACAUCGGCGACACGGUUCAUAGGAAUGUCAACAAAAUGGAGAUCAAGAUGAGGGCUUUGGGUUGUGCAAAUGCCCUCAACGAAGCUUUGGCUACCAGCGUGACGAAGACUAAACAAGCUGCUCUUCAAUUCCCAAGUGUAACAGCAGUUCAAGAGAUGGUCGAUUCCGUUGUGGACAUCUCGCAUUUAGCCAGGGAUAUGAAAUUGUGCUUAGUCCAAGCUGCCCAGCCAUGAUUUUCCACUUAUUUCUUCUUUAAAUAUGGUUGUGAAUAGCUCAAAAAUUUUAAUAAUUUUGGCAAUAUAUUUAAUAGGCUAAAAAAUAUAAUGAAAGGUAGUUCCUUAAUUUGAUAACAUACAUAAUAUUAUAUAAGAAAACAAUUACACACGAAACUUAUUAUCUCUCGUUACGGUAGAACUUUUAAUAAAAACGAAAUAUCAAUGUU